AUGGAAGGCAUUGAUGAAUUUGCAGCGAAGGAGGUCAAAAAACCUCCACUCCUAUUGUUGUCUCUCGAAAAUAAGGAAGAAAUUGGUGAGAUAUUUUUGAAUGAAGAGUAUAUGAAUCCACAAUUAAAAACGAAAGGUAGGGAAUCAAGGUCGAAUGGAUGGUGGGUACACCACCUUGAUGUGAAAUUGGCAUUUAUGAAUGGAAGAUUGGAAGAGGAAGUGUAUGUAACUCUGCCUGAAGGCUUUGAGAAAAGAAACGAGGAAGGGAAAGUGUACAAGCUAUCAAAGGCCUUGUAUGGGCUAAAAAAGCACCCAUAG